UAGGAAGACAGUGACAAGCCUAGCUGAACGUGGGCAACGUGACUGGUGUUCCUCUCCAAGCUCAGCCGGCUCAUUCAUCAUGCAUUCUAGAGGCCUCUCCUGCGCACUGCUUCUUUUCCUCCUCUGCCCUUGCUUCACCUUUGGUGCUGCUCUCCACGCAAUACGUUGUGCCCCAUGCACCGAAGAGAAGCUCGUUUUGUGCCCGUUGGUGCCUGCCACCUGUCCUGAAACAGCUCUCCAGCCUGGAUGUGGCUGCUGCCACAUUUGUGCCCUUCAGCUAGGCGAGCCCUGCGGAGUGUAUACAGCACGCUGUGGUCAGGGGCUCAGCUGCCAGGUGCACCCAGAGGAAACCAGGCCUCUUUAUGCCCUCACCCAUGGGCAAGGCACCUGUCUACCUACCACAGACAUCUCCGAGACUGCAGAAUCUGUUGAACCAGAAGACAUACCUACUGAGAGCACUGAAAUGACAGCACAUCAAUCUCUGAGCUACCAACAGUUGUUUCCGAUUAGCCAAGAGAAAUCUGCCACUUGGAAUGCAAUCAGUGCCUACGAAAACAUGAAAAGAAGGAGACUUAAUGAAAUCAGGAAAGGGAAAGAACAAGGACCAUGUCAAAAAGAACUCUACAGAGCACUGGAGAAACUGGCAAAGGCUCAACAGAGAACCAGAGGCGAGACAUACAGAUUUUAUUUGCCCAACUGUCACAGGAAUGGAUUUUACCAUAGCAAGCAGUGUGAAAAUUCACUUGAUGGAAAUCCUGCAAGAUGUUGGUGUGUGUAUCCAAAAAAUGGAAAGAGGAUUCCUGGAUCGACUGAAAUGACAGGCGACCCGCAAUGUGAACAGUAUCUCAGCUCACAGGAAUAACACAAAACAAGCAGCGUAUUUUGUACAAGUAGAUACUAAAUCUUUUCCAAGUCAAGUGCCCUAUUCUAAAGCGAUUUCUGGCUGCUUUAAAUAAAGGGCCCAUUUACACGGGACAAAUGAGUCAGAGUGGGGGGUGAACAAACUUCGUAGAGUCCACAUGGCACACGAGGCCAAUUCACCCUAACACAUGGUAAGACCAUGUACAGGGGCGGCUCAACCCAUUACGCAAAGUAAGCAUUCGCAGUAUAGUUGAUUUUGCCCAGGGGCGCUCUUGAGGCGCUCUUGGGGGAAAAUAGACCUUGACAUAUGCGAGUUGUAGUUACUGGGAUGUAUAGUUCAACUACAAUCAAAGAGCAUUCUGAACUCCACCAAUGAUGGAAUUGAACUAAAUAUGGCACACAGAACUCCCAUGAAGAACAGAAAAUAUAUAUCAGUGAUUGGUUGGGGGGGGGGGCAAAAUACUGUUUGCUUACCGUUGAAAAUUACCUAGGGCCGCCUCUGUAGAGUCCACAUGGCACACGAGGCCAAUUCACCCUAACACGUGGUAAGGCCAUGUAAUGUGGCCUUUUCCUGUAUCAUCCAAAGUUGGGAGAUGCCAUAAAGCUUCUCUGAAGCUCCAGCGCUCACUCGUACUUUGGGCAUGAAUAAAUAGUUGAACUGGUUCUGAUUCAGAACCACUGCUGUUUACACAGCCAUCCCACCUACUUACCCUGGGCUUAGGCAGUCCGAGGGCAGGAGAUGGCUUUACUGUUUCAUAGAAUCAUAGAAUCAUAGAAUCACAGAGUUGGAAGAGACCUCACAGGCCAUCCAGUCCAACCCCCAGCCAUUGUGUCCAUGGCUUAGCAGUGACUUCUGGGUACAAAACGUCUGGUGAUCAUUGUUCAUUGCAUGUACUGAUGCUGGACAGAGCACCACAGCAACUGGAGAAGGUUCACUCCAGUGAUUCUGAUGUUUUUUAGUCACCAUCAGUACAUGUGACAAGCAAUGCCUACCUGCAACUCAUGGUUGCUGCCAAACUCAAGACACAAUGUCAACAGUAAAGCCACCUCCUGUCCCUGGACCAUCUGAGCCCAGUGAAAGUAGGUGAGAUGGUUGUAAACAAACAAUAGUGGUUCUGAAUCAUGUAGAUGGGCCCAAAGCCUUAGUGAUCCCAAUGGGACUUACUCCAUCCAAUCACAGAUAGAAUUAGAAGUAUGAUAAAAUUAUACUGUUUCUCAUUCUUGAAGGUUAACAAUUGAUUCCAUUGCUUGACAUCUUACAAUAUAUAACGAAAACUAUUAUUAUUUGUAUAGUCUAUCCAGCGUAGUCUGGUACAUAAGAGUGAAGAAUUAUUUAUUCUGUUUGUGGUUUUCAAUUUGUAUUUGUCUCUGUAUUAACUUAUAUAUGUGUGUUCUUCAAGAAAUCAUUUUGUGUAAAUUUUAAUACUUUUUCUCUUAAAAAGAUGCACUUUUCCCUUUUCAAAGAACCUAGUAUAUCAUUUAAACAUGAAUGUUUCAAGUAUUUAUAUCUUUUUCAAGCUUCGUGUAAUAAACAUGACACAGAACAUACUUUUCAGUAUUUCUUUCAGUGUUUAUCCUUUGAAGUACUUAUAUUUCUGCAUGUGAAACAGUCUCAUUUUUCAUUUGAGUAUAGCCAC